CCCCGGAAAUGAUCUGUGUCGAUCGGUGUCGAUUCACAGGGGUCACCAACAUGGCAUGGAGGAGCUACGCCGUCCUGUUCUGUCGGACCGGUGAGGACGUUCUACGGAGUGUGAAGAGAGGCAGCCGGUGGCCUCACAGCUUCCAGCAGCGUUGCGGCUUCAGGAAAGUCCCCAGGAAACCGGAAGCCAAAAAAGUAGAUGAAGAGCUGGGACCCGCCCACUUGGACUCCUCUGAGGUGGCGUCCCACCGGCAGCUUCAUUCCAGCUCGCCGCGGUCCUUCAGCCGCCUUCUCCGCCCCGUGGUCUUCACCGUGGGGUUUACAGGUUGCUCCUUCGGCUCGGCGGCCAUCUGGCAGUACGAGUCGCUGAAGUCCCGCGUGCAGAGCUACUUUGACGAGCUGCGAGCGGAUUGGCUGGACAAAGUACGGCCGCAGAAGCGAGGAGAUACCCGCAAAGAACUCAACCAAUGGUGGAACAGUUUGAGUGAAGGUCAGAGGACAGUCACAGCGAUCAUUGCCGCGAACUUCCUUGUGUUCUGUUGUUGGCGUGUGCCGUCACUACAGCGCUCCAUGAUCAAGUACUUCACCGCUGACCCCGCCUCCAAGACACUGUGCUUGCCCAUGGUGCUGUCCACCUUCAGCCACUUCUCCUUCUUCCACAUGGCUGCCAACAUGUACGUCCUGUGGAGCUUCUCCAGCAGCGCCGUCUCUAUGCUGGGCCGAGAGCAGUUCAUGGCCGUUUACCUGUCUGCAGGUGUUAUUUCCUCCUUCGUCAGCUACGUGGGCAAGAUGGCCACCGGGAGGUUUGGUCCUUCGCUCGGAGCGUCUGGCGCCAUCAUGACCAUCCUAGCGGCAGUUUGCACCCAAAUGCCGGAGGCCAAACUGGCCAUCAUCUUCCUCCCGAUGUUCACCUUCACUGCGGGAAACGCUCUGAAAGGCAUCAUCGCCAUGGAUACGGCCGGGUUGGUUUUGGGGUGGAAGUUUUUUGACCACGCUGCUCAUUUAGGAGGAGCAAUGUUUGGCAUCUGGUACAUCAUGUUUGGACACAAGCUCAUUUGGAAGAACCGCGAGCCUUUUGUCAAGUUAUGGCACGAGCUGAGGACAGGCGGCGGAGGCAAUGGAGGCCAGCGAGGAGGCUCCGAGUAGGAUGUGGAAUGAACUGAUGGGAACAAUGUGGUCCCGACAUGUAAACAUGAUAAAUAGUUGUACAGACCAUUUGGUGACCUGGCCUCCAGGGGGCGUCCCAACAUCCGUGAACACCAAAUAUGAUCACGAGGCCAUCAUGGCUGAUUUAUUUGAUUCUAGUCCAAACUUUGGGGAGUGGGGGUGGACUUUGAUCAAUUCUGUGCAUUAAUGCGCAAACCAAUCCAUUUUAGGUCAAUUUAUGCUAAGCUGUCUAACCAAAACAUUCAAAUCUUAGCUUUGCAUCACCGGUGGAAAAGCAAAUUAGUGUAAAAUCUUACAAUAUUUCUAAUUAAUACAUAAUUUUAUUCUUAGAACAUGCCGAAGGACUUGCUGGCCCCAGGAAUGCAUUUUGGACACCCCUGGUCUAAUAACUUGAAAAUGAGGUUACGCAAUAUGAUUAUACAUAUUCAUCACUUUGUUUAUUCCACUCAUGUAUGAACUGCUGCUUUAUGUUGUGUUGAACUUUUUAUGUGGCACUAAUAAUAAUAAAAAAAAAAA